AUGGCUCCCCCAAUCAGAUCCCCCUGCUUUUCUUCAACUUUUUGUAUCAAUAAAAAGCCCUCCCCUUUUCUCAUGGACAUCGAUGAAGAAGCCAUGAAAAUGUCCCUCAAGAGACUUUCCAUUCUCCGAAAGUUGCUAUCCAAGUCCAAUAAUGUUCUUCGAAUCCCCAUUCUACUUACCAAAAUGAAGAAGCCCAUGAUGAUUCAUAAGCUUGUUUUUCUCAAGAAAUCCACAAAGCUCAACAGGUUUAAGCUCCUCAAUCAUUACAACUAUGGCUUCCUUGGAGAGUAUCAGUUGGACUCCUCUUCAACUACUCCUCUUAUCCAUUACUACAACCCACAACAUGAGCUCCAAAACAGAAGCAGCCACAAUAUUUACUCGUUGCUGUUUCGGUGCAACUGCUUUGGUAGCCUGAAUGCUCAAGCAAGACAAGAAACAGAUUGCAGAUUAGCAUUGGACGUGGAUCAUCUGCCAGCUGCCAUGGCAUUGCCAUGUGCAGUGGAAAUAGAUUUUGAAGAUGAUUCAGUUGAUGAGAGGGCUGAGAGAUUCAUUGAAAACUUCUACGCAGAGAUGAGGCUGCAGAGGCAGGAAUCAUUUUGA